GGGCGGCCCGGGCGCUGGGGGGCGGAGGCGCCAUGUGGUUCAUGUACGUGCUGAGCUGGCUGUCGCUCUUCAUCCAGGUGGCCUUCAUCACGCUGGCCGUCGCCGCUGGACUCUACUACCUGGCAGAACUGAUUGAAGAAUACACAGUGGCCACCAGCAGGAUCAUAAAAUACAUGAUCUGGUUCUCCACCGCGGUGCUGAUUGGCCUGUACGUCUUUGAGCACUUCCCUACCUACAUGAUCGGCGUGGGCCUCUUCACCAACCUGGUCUACUUCGGCCUCCUCCAGACCUUCCCCUUCAUCAUGCUGACCUCGCCUAACUUCAUCUUGUCCUGUGGGUUGGUGGUGGUGAACCAUUACCUCGCAUUUCAGUUUUUCGCGGAGGAAUAUUAUCCCUUCUCAGAGGUCCUGGCCUAUUUCACCUUCUGCCUGUGGAUAAUCCCCUUCGCGUUCUUUGUGUCACUGUCGGCCGGGGAGAACAUCCUGCCCUCCACCAUGCAGCCCGGAGAUGACGUGGUCUCCAAUUACUUCACCAAAGGCAAGCGGGGCAAGCGCUUAGGCAUUCUGGUCAUCUUCUCCUUUAUCAGAGAGGCCAUUCUACCCAGCCGACAGAAGAUGUACUGACCCCUGUGGGGAGGGCUGUGGGGGCGGGAUCAGGGCCAGUCGGGCUCCUGGGCCUCUGCACUCGGCUGAGGUCAUGAGCCUGGAAGACACGGCCCCCCAGCCCUGGCCCUCCUCCCCUUGACUCCCCCUGCAGCCCCCGUCCCAACCCCACCCCCGAGGACUUCAGCUCUGGCAGCUGUAACCUCAGAGGGCACAGGGAGGCCGCCGGAGGUCCCCCUGGCUCUGUGGGCACGGAACGCCCCAUGACCUGCCCCCCCAUCCGGAGGGUUGUGGCUCUGCCGGGACCAGCAGGCAGGUUCGAGAAGUCGUAGCGCAAACAGUGGCCAGCCCUCUGGGUGGAUGGCCGCGCGAGGGGCCACGGCGCCACGCGGCACUUCCAAGAGGAAGACUUUGGUCUGUGAACUGUGACUUCUGUCGCGAGUGCUGCGCCCCUUUGAAUAAAGAUUCUGGGUGGCACUGUUUGCCUUAAUAUCGAGAAGGUCACCUACUUUUCUCCCUGCUGACCGCCUGCCCUAGGCUGGCCAGGCUGUGCUGCUCCCGGGACUUCUUUGGUCUGCGCGUCUUGCCUUUCCGAAGGGACUGUGCUUACAGCCCUUGGUGGGCAGGGGCCAGGAAUGAGGAGCGGCGCCUGGGCAGGGGUGGGGUGGGGGGUGGCGGCAGCUCUUCUGUGGCCCUCCCUUCGCUUCCCCCACUUCUUUCUCCAGGGUCCCAUGGCCACUAUGCCUGAGGUUGGAGUGGGGACAGUGUAAGCCUGGUUUAGAUUUUCAGAACAGCUGCCGUCUCCUGAGUUGUUUUCCCUGGGGAGAAGGAGUGGAUUCUGGCCGAAUUCUCUCUCAGGCUCAAGGAGAAACUGAAAAUUAACAAGUGGGGUCCAGGCAGCCUGGGCCACUGCCCGAUUUAGAAGCAGUGUGGCUGGUGGCAGAGCAGCGCUGUCACCGAGAGCACACGAGGGCAGGCCCUCUCUUUGCUCUGGGCUUCCAGGCUGGUGACCGCAGCUCCCUAAGGUGGGCCAGGCCCCAGGCGCAGACCAGCAUUGGUUGACCUUGCACUCCAACUACAGUGCCUUGCAAAUACUCCUCGUACAUACUGGAAUGAGGGCCCCAUGCAAGCUGUAAUGAGGGCCCCAUGCAAGCUGUACUGGCCUUGGCCCAUACCUCAAAGCCGGGCCGGCAGGCGUGGAAACCUUUCCACCACUCGGGAGACUGGUGAGCUUAGAAGUCUUUCCUCGGCAUCAUGCCCCGGGGCCCGCCGUAGCCCCUCAGUUCCUUGCCACUUGCAUUUCCCCUUCUCUGAAAAACACCAGCCUUCCCUUCACACGUGCAUCCUCGCCAGCAAGCCGGUGGCCAGCUCUGUGCUCCCCUCUGCCCACUCUGGCCCACUGACUACAGUCAGCGCCACCUCCGUGUUUUCUCUGACAACAUGUCUGAGCGCCCCUGCUUCUUGGACCACACUGCCCUGGCCUCUGGGGCACAGCCCUCGGCUGGCUCUUGUCCUCCUACCUCUCUGGCCGCUUCCCUGCACCUGUGCCGCGGUUCCACUGGCCCCAGGCUUAGGGGGCUUCUCAGGGUUCUGUCUUGAGACAGGGAGCCCAACCACGCUGAUGGCGGCCAGGACUGCCGAGGAAGCGGGUGUGGGCCUCCAGCCCCAGUCGUCUGAACCUCGGGGGUGGGGUGGGAGUGAGGUGUGUGCCCAGUCUGAGGUUCAUGGCCCAGAUGUUCUCUCAAAACCCGUUCCCUCUGAGUCCCCGUCCUGAUCCGAAGACCACUCAGGAGCCAGACCAGAAACCAGUUUUCCGCCCUGGCUUCCUCUCUGCCUCGCAUCACUUUCUAGAAACUGAAGCCUACCUUCCUGACUUCUGGUUCCGGCCGCCCUCCCUGCCACCAGCUGUCACCCGGGUUUAUUGUGGCAGCCUCCAGAGCCAGAGUCCUUUUGAGAACACAGGUGAUAAAGUCACAUCCUUGCUUCCCUGGCUCCCGGUGGCCCUCGGGAUGCAGUCCAGACCCCCUCGCAUGGUUUGCCAGCCUCCCGUGUCCGGGUCCCUGCGGUCUCUCUGGCCUCGUCGCCGCCUUGUUGCACUCUGGGCACCAGCCUCCUGAAUCCAGCACCCCUUUCUCUCCCCCUGCACCCCACCCCUCUCCACUUUAACACCUCCCCCUCCCCCCACGUACCUCAGUUAGCUUGGAUUUCACUUCCUGGGAACAGCUUGGAGUCUUCCUCGUCCCAUCCACACCCCGUCACUCGGCUUACUUGCCUGCUUACCGGUCUGCCUCCCACUAGACUGUAAGCUCAUUGAGGGCAGAGCUGUCCAUCAGUUUUUGUAUGAACAGUGCCGGGCGUGCUGCCUGGCACACAGAAAAGCACUCAAUAAAUGUUUGUCAAAUGA